GAAUUUUGAAUUUUUCAUCUUUCCUUUUUCUUAACUUCUUUUGGUUAUCAUCAUCAUGGUCAUCAAACCAUCACUCAGGACAUUAGGUCUUGCGUGUUUGGGCUCACUCCAAAUUGCGAGUGCAUUCUACCUUCCAGGUGUUGCCCCUCAGGACUAUGCUCCCGGAAACAACGUGCCUCUCUACGUAAACUCAUUAACCCCACUCUCCAACCAGCAAGUCAAGUCUGUAAUCUCAUACGACUAUUACUAUGAUCGCUUCCACUUCUGCCGUCCAGAAAAUGGCCCCCAGAAACAGUCCGAGAGUCUAGGAAGUGUAUUGUUUGGUGACCGUAUCUUUACAUCACCAUUCCAGCUUUCAAUGGCCAAGAAUGAGACAUGCAAGCUUUUGUGUCAUGUAAAGAGUAUUCCCAAGGAAGACGCCGCUUUUAUCAAUGAACGCAUCAUUGACAACUAUGCUGUUAACAUGGUUGUCGAUGGUCUCCCAGCUGCCCACGAAAACCUCGACAAGAACACAGGCGAAAUUUACUACAAUAUCGGCUUUGACCUUGGUUAUGUUGACGGCAAAACCCCCUCCCUUAACAACCAUUAUGAUAUUAACAUUUACUACCACGAACGGUCCUCAACCAAGUUCCGCGUUAUCGGUGUGGUUGUGAAGCCCAGCAGCAAGACAACUCAGCUGGACACCAAAGGACAGCCUAUUUGUGACAAAACCAAUCAUGGUCUUUACCUAAAGGCUGAUGGUACUGAUAGUGUUGUUUACACCUAUUCCACUAUCUGGCAUCCUUCAUCUACUGCAUGGGCCACUCGUUGGGAUAGCUAUCUCCACAUCCUUGAUCCCUCUAUCCACUGGUUCUCUCUCGUAAACUCCAUUGUUAUUGUUCUCUUCUUGACCGGUAUGGUUGCUAUGAUUCUUUUGCGCGCUCUGCACAAGGAUAUCUCGCGCUACAAUGCCGUUGAAGCCCAGGUAAAUAUUAGAUACAGAGCUGUAAUUAAUAAAAGAAUAUGUUUAGAGGAUGUCCAGGAAGAUUAUGGAUGGAAGUUGGUUCACGGUGAUGUAUUCCGUCCUCCUAGCCAUCCCAUGCUCUUGGCUGUGGCUGUCGGAAGUGGUGCUCAAUUGAUUGCAAUGACUGCCUUGACUCUUGUGUUUGCCAUUCUUGGCUUCUUAUCUCCCUCUAACCGUGGAUCUCUCGCCACUGUUACUGUUGUGUUCUUCAUGGUAUUCAGCUGUAUUUCCGGCUUUACCUCUGCUCGUCUGUAUAAGAUGAAUGGCGGUGAACAAUGGAAACUCAACAUUAUCCUCAAUGCCACUCUUUUCCCUGGAAUCAUUAUCGGUUUCUUGUUUGGUCUCAACUUCUUUUUGAUCGGAUCCCAUUCUUCGGGUGCCGUUCCUUUUGGUACCAUGAUGGCCAUCCUCGGCCUUUGGGCUCUUAUUUCUUUGCCUCUCAGUACCGCUGGUUCGUACUAUGGUCUCCGCAAACCUCGUAUUGAACAGCCUGUCCGUACAAACCAGAUUCCCCGUCAGAUCCCUGACCAGCCUACCUACCUCCGUAGCCUUCCUUCGAUCUUUAUGGGCGGAAUUUUACCCUUUGGCGCAAUCUUCAUUGAGCUUUAUUAUAUUAUGAAUAGUAUCUGGUUUCACAGAAUCUACUAUGGCAUUGGAUUCUUGUUCUUGGUGUUUGGUGUCCUUAUCUUGACCUGCUCCCAAGUCACCAUCUUGAUGUGCUAUUUCCACCUCUGCAAUGAGGAUUAUCACUGGUCCUGGAGAGCAUUCCUUACCUCUGGUGCUGCUGGUUUCUAUGUCUUUUUGUACUCUAUCCUCUACUACCUCACCAAGCUCGAUAUCAACAGUAUUACCAGUACUGUAUUGUAUUUUGGCUACUCUACUCUUAUCAGUGUUCUCCUCACAAUCCUCACUGGUUCAAUUGGUUACCUCGCCUGCCUCUUGUUCUUACGCAAGAUUUUCGGUAGCAUCAAGGUCGAUUAAACAUAGUUGAAAAGAUAUGUAUAUUCUAUAGAAGAUGGACAGAAAGACAAAAAAAUCCUCCUCCCCCUUAAAAUUCAAACUAUUCUCCCACACAAAAAAAUAAAUAAAGAAUACAUAUACAACAUAACACAACAGAACACAACACAAUGCAUCUAUAUAUUACUCUAGCUUAAUUUACUUCAUUUUACUUUCACAUUGAUAUAAACGGACCAAUUGAAAUAUAUAUAUAUAACAGAGACUAUUGUUCUGUUAACCAACAAC